ACUGUGAACGACUCAGUGUUGUGUUGCUCGGAGGAUUUCUCCCCAUGAAUGAUGAUGAGUCUGAUCUUAAAGAUACUCAGUUACUUGUGUCUUUGUGCAGGUGUGCAGAGUCUCCAGAAGGUGUCAUGGCUGCCGUGUCCGUUCACAGAUGAGCACGUGUUCAUGAACACCGACGGUCACAUGGAGACUCAGCACAUCCCCCGAGACGCCAUGCUGCAGUUCGGUCAAACCGGAGACGCUCCCGUUAAUCCACACGCCAUCACCUUCCUGAUCACCACAUCAAAGUUGGACCUGCGGCGGUUCAUCGACGGGGUGGAGGAGGCGGAUCAGUUGGAGUGCGAGCUCCGGCGUUACAGCACCGAGGGCAUCCACGUCCGCUGGCCGGUCCAAGCGGGGCAAGAGUACAACCGCUGGUUCACCGUCACGCUCAGACACGCCAAGGGCCUGUUCACGCUGACGGGCUUCCUCAGACACCCGUCGGACCAACCGGCACUGGGACAGCAGGACUACCGCAGCUGGCCCGCCAUCGGAGACAGAGAGACCCUCACCACAACAGUUGCCAUGGUGAUUAAAACCCAAACUCCGUCGGUGAAAGCCAGUCUGGGCUCCCAAAAGAAGCUCCACUGCCAGUUCUCCAUGGACCACAAAGCACCCAACAUGACGGUGGAGUGGCACCAUCAGCAGCGUGGAGAAAGAACCAGACUCUUCAGUCACACCAGCCGCACGGGACGGAGCGAGGGCCCCGGCGUCGCGAGGAGCCUAGCGGGCGGCGACGCUUCCUACAACCUUCCCCUCGCCAAGAUGACGAGUGAAGGGACGUACAUUUGUUCCGUGUCGGUGCUUCCGCUGUUCGUCAGUUUGGAUAUCAGUUUCAACAUCGAAGAGUCUCCCAGAGUCUCCAUCAACAUCGGCCAGACUCUCUCGCUGCCGGAGGACGGCGAGCAGAAGGUUACCUGCGACGCAGAGAGCUACUACCCUCUGGACGUGGAGAUCGUCUGGUACGUUCAGGACCCGGUGGGGGCGGAAAAGAGGGUGGGCGCUCCGCUCCGGACGGAGCUCCAGAACGUUCUGCUGUCGAGCCACAAACACAACAAGGACCAGACGUACUCGCUGACGGCCUUCUUCUACCUGCAGGCGUCUCUCAAGGACUCGGGGAAACAGUACACCUGCAGCGUUUCCCAUCAGUCCCUGAGGAUGCCCAUCAAAAAGAGCUUCCUCCUGAUCAUUGAGGAGCCCAGCAGCUUGACGUUUAACUUCUUCAUUGGCUUCGUGCUCGUCACGCUGUCGGUCGUCCUGAUUGUGAUGCUGAGUCACCUGUUCUCAGCAAGAAAACGAAGAGAGCAGAAGAAGCCAUACUGAGCAGCUUUGGAGGAAAAACAUCAGUGAAGGCCGACUCUCCUCCUCACUCGAUCACUUUUGUUUCAGAAUGUCUCCGACGUUUGAAGUUUGUUGUUGUGUUUGUUUGUUUCCAGGUGAUUUGGGGUUUCUAUGAAACUAAAUGUGUUUUGUUGCUGUUUUAUUUUGCUAAUGCUUGAAAAAAAAACUUGAUGUUGUAAAGUAAAUGAUUGUUCUUCUGGAUGAAAAGUGAUCAAGAUAUUAUUGAACCGGUGAAAAUGCAACAAUCAGAGUUUAAAUAUCAUUAGUUUAAAUUAAUAAAAAAAUAUAUAAAUAUCUUUUAAUAAAAGCUAGUUAUAUUUCUUAUAAAUUUGCUCAAGAAUUCACAUAAAUAAACAAAAACUUCAAAUUUUAUUGCGUAAUUUCAGUCACCAGUUACGUUUGAAUAUCACCAUACCAAUCACUACACAUCCGAUUGUUUUGCCAUGUUAGCUAGUUAAUUAUAAUAAUAACUUUAUUUAUAUAGCACUUUUAAAAACAGAGUUAACAAAGUGCUUUGACAGACGAAGCAGAAAAAGAGGAAAUAAAACAACAGAAAGUUCAACAAAGCGAGACAAACUAAACCCUGAAAAAACAUGACAGACAAAACAUAAAACCAAUCGAUAUCAGAAGAUCAAACUAAUAAAUGAUGUAAAAUUAAUAAUUUAGUGGAAAAAAAUCAACAUCAACAUUAAAAUCAAGCAGUAAAGAGACAACAUUUCAUGAAAGUCAGUCUGUAGAAAUGUGUUUUAAGAAGUCAUUUAAAAGAGAAGUUAAGAAAAUCUGCAUCAUGUAAAAGCUCCAAAGCCUGUGAUGAGGAAAUAAGACCCUAAAUACAUUCAAUUUGUUUAAAAAUGGCAGUGAUGAGUGAGGAGCAGAAUAUUACCAAAGUUUAUUUUUUCUCCCUUUUUAUUGUCAUGCUGUUUUUUUUCCUCAUUUAUUUUGGAAGGUGGUCCUCACAGAAAGGUUGAGAACUCCUGUUGUGGAGUGGAACAGGUCUAGUAGCGUAAUGGAGCAACGCUUUUACAUUAGGCUCAGUGUUGUGUUCUGAUCACAUGACCACACAUCAUCGUAAGCUUUGGUGGAGCAUAAAGGAGAAAAUCCUACUGCGUGGAUUGACAGAAAACAUGGAUGUAAACAAUACAUGAUUUGAAAUAAAAACAUUUUUGAAUUUAAA